AUGGGGCGCAGCCGGCCAAAGAAAAAGGCGGCAACGACUCCACCGGCGAGUGUGAGAGUUUUCUCGUCAACUCCGACAUCGAGUGAUAAAGGAACUGUUGAUACAACGAGGAAAGUGGCAUCAGGUACACAAACUUUGGAGACCAUUGUUGAGGAACCUGUGAUAGAAGAAAACCUAGCAUCGAAGGGAAAGAAAGAAGAGGAAACCCCAAAACUAUGGGUUGACAUCAUUCAGGGAAAUAGACUACCGUCAAAUGGAACUGAGCUUUCCUACACUGCACCGGUGGUUGUGGAUGGGGAAAUGGAGAUCCAGAUUGAAGAACAAGAUGUGGCCUCAGAGAAGGAGUUUUGGAGAAACGCUUUGAUCAUGUAUGCUAUUGGGAAUGACCUUUCGAUGAAUGCUGUGAAAAAGUUUAUGGCUACAACGUGGAACUUUGUCUCUCUCCCUGAGAUUUACUAUAAUGAAGAAGGAUACUUCCUUAUCAGAUUCAAGACUCGAAUAGAUAGGGAUGCUGUGUUGAUGCGAGGCCCAUAUACGAUCUUCAAAAAACCAAUUCUCCUACAUGAAUGGAGCCCAAAGUUCACCUUGCAAGAUGAUGUGCUAAGGGUUCUACCAAUCUGGGUGAUUUUCCAGCAGCUUCCCCUGUACUUUUGGGGACCCCAAAGUAUUGGUAAAAUUGCUAGUGCUAUUGGGAAACCGAUAAUGACAGAUGAGUGUACGGCUAAGAAGUUGCGAGUAUCAUAUGCUCGGGUCCUGAUAGAAGUGGAUGUCACACAGGAAUUGAAGCACCAGAUUCUGAUCAGGGGCCCCCAAGGUGAAAAAAUGAUACAACAGGUUGAUUAUGAAUGGACACCACCAUUCUGCAAGAGCUGUAAUAAAGUUGGUCAUAUGUGCAAGGCAAAGGAGGAAAUACCUCGCAAAGCAAAGGAAACUAAAAAAAUAUGGGAACAGAAGAAAGAAGUCAAUGUGAUGUAG